CCAUUCCAAUUAAGGUCAUGGGUUAUUUAAAACUCUUGAAUUUGAAUUAAAUUUGUUUCAAUUAAAAAUUUAGUUUAACCAUCAGAAUAUUAUUAAUAAUAUCCUGUGAGAGCCAACGAUUUGUAUUCACUCAUAUUCAUUAAAUUAUCAUGUGAAAUUAAUUGUAUUCAAUUUCCCAUCAAUUGUUGUAAAUUUUUCUCCAUGGGUUUUUAUUCAUAUUGUUUACUUUUUAAUUGUAAUUAACUGUAAACAAAAGAGGAAGAAUCAACUAGACGAUAAUUGUGACGAUUCUGGAAGUGCAAUCGUGACAAAAAAGUGACAAUAUGAUAACACGUUACAAGGUUUAUUCAAUUUCCCUUUCAUAUUAUAUCCUAAUCUUCAUCAUCUCAUCAACGAUUGACAAGGUUUUUAGAUUAACCUAAUCUCCAACUAAUCUGUCCCCCACUCUCUCAUUUUGAUACUCAAAGUGAUCCACUCAUUUGGUGGAGAACAAAAUAAACAAUCAAAUUAAAUUGUCCACCAGUGUCAAUUCAUUUCUCCUUUCUAAUCGUCAGCCUUUCAUGUGUUUACGAUCAAGUUAAUUGUGAAUUUACAUGACCUACAAAAAGGCUUUACCCUUGCUCAGAAUCUUAAAUUUAUUCUUUAUUCGUUAUUCUAUUUCAACUCAUCAUCUUCAUCUUCCUUUUCUUCAUCUUCUCUAUUCAACUUUCCCAGGUAAACUUUCGCCGGCCUCAUUUCUGGUUUAAUGGAUUCUCUAAAUUAGAAUUUGCUGUUUAUGUUAUUUCAUCUUCUUCUCAAACUGCCACUUGUAUUCAUCUCAUAAUUUAGUUACUAAUUAACUGUUACUGUUUGGGUAAUGAUUGUUGGUUAAUUAAAUUUCACUUGUUACCGUUGACCUUGCCACUAAUCUACCAAAUCAAGAGACAUUCAGCAACAAAAAAAAAUACAACAUUCAAAUUACUUGAAACAUUGUGACCUUCACCUUAAAAAAAGACCGAUUCAAAUUCAAGUUGGAUUGUUGAUUAAACUGUCAACUGUAUGUGAGUGUUUGUUUGACUGUCGUGUCCACUUUGUUUCGUUUGAAUCAACGUUUUAACUGGUUAAUUGUUUGGUGUUUGUUGUUGUUGUUGUCAUUUCAUUUUCCAUUACCAAAGAAAAUGUCUAAACCAUUGGUCAUCUCUCUGGUCUUCAUCUUACAACAUUUGUUUUCAUCAGCUGUUGUCGCAGCUCAAAGUCCUACACAGAAAUGUAUUGAUGGAGAUAAACUUUGUUUCGGUUCACCUCCUCAAUGUCCAACUUCAUCCGAGUUUAAUUGUGAUAUUUUGGUUCUCAUUAGUUUCAAAGGUAAUUCAUCUGGUUUAGAUGUUGAUGUUUAUGGUAAAGGAUCACCGGGUACUUACUUUGCCUUGGGCUUUGUCACUGAACCCAAUACGAUGUCCGGUGCUACCGUUGUCCAUUGUGAUUAUAACGAGGAUUCAACUCUAGCUGUUAACGAAGGUUAUACUGAAGGUUAUAGUUUAAGAAGUCUACCUGUUGGUACAUUAACUGAAGACACAUUGGCCGAUAUUGAAAACGGUGUCGUUCAUUGUCACUGGACACAGAAGCCAAAUGGAGUUGCGGGUGAAUCUAGUUUAGAAUACAAUAUCCAUCGGGAAUAUUAUGUUCAACAUGCUUAUGGGUCAAUCUCAGGUGGAUCGUUGAAACACCAUAAAAAAAGGUCGAUCACCUCAACGACUGUUAAUUUAACUUCGGUCGGUGUCAUUUCGUCGAGUAAUAAAAUACCUCUUGCAGUCCGAGUUCAUGGUUCCAUGAUGACCAUUGCCUGGUUAUGUUUGGUCAGCAUCGCCAUGAUUAUCGCUCGAUAUCAUAAAGAUUCCUGGGGAAACACCAAACUUUGUAACGUUAAUGUUUGGUUCGCUCUUCAUCGAGGCCUUAUGGUUUCCGCUCUCUCUUCAGCGAUCAUUGGGAUGAUUACAAUAUUUGUCCAUGCCAAGGGCUGGCGGGCGAACUCACCCCAUCAAUAUCUCGGACUAUCUGCCAAUAUUUUCAUGAUCCUUCAACCCUUAGGCGCUUUAUUCCGACCUGCACCAGAUCACAAGAAUCGUAUCUUUUUCAAUAUCUUACAUACACUUGGUGGUAACAUUGGACAUGCUUUAGCUAUUUUGGCCUUGUUUUUUGUCGCCAAACUCUCAAUCACUUUAUCCAAAGGCUAUUUUAUCUUGUUGAUAAUUUUCCUCGCUUUUUAUUCUGCUGCACAUUUAACACUCCAAUUUCAUCCUCAUCUUUUGUCAAAACUUAACAUGAUCGAAGCGACCGACAUGGCUGAUCUUAAGAGUGGAACCAACAAUUCAUCAUCACAAUCAUCUUCUCAUCCAGUUCGUGAAACAAUUGAACGAUCAAAGAAACGAGUUCUAACUCUAUUUAUAUCACUAGUCAUCGUUAUCACAAUUUCAAUAAUUAUAUUCAUCAACUUGGGAUCAUCUUAAUUGCUCUUAAUCUCAUCUGAUUUUAUUUUUUUAAACUUCAUUCAUCGAGUUAUUUUAUUUUGUAUUAGCUAUUUGAUUUCAAUCUUUCCAAUGGAAAGUUUCUAGUUUUAUUAUUCAUCUUUCAUUCACAAUUAAUGUAUUUAUUUUCAACGAGUAAUCAAAUCAAAUUGUUCAAUCGUUUAUGUAUUGAUGUUAUAAUUGCAAAAUUUUAAAUGAUUAACCGUCAACCCUUAUAUUAAUUGUGAACAAUCAAAAGGAUAUGAUGGACAUUACCUGGUUUAUCAAUUGUUCAAAGAAUAUUAAUGUUAAUUGUUUGGAUUUUGGAACAAAUUUGACAUAUUUUAAGGAUAAACGAAAAUGAUUCAACCAAACAAUCAACAAAUCUUAAAAUUACGCACUUUGAAUGUUUCUAUUAUAUAUCUUAAUUGUAUUCCAUCAAAUUAAUUACAUGAAACCGUCACAACCAUAAACUUUUUGAUAGCAACAGAAACUAAUAAAAAAAUUAUAUAUACAUUAUAUAA